AUGAGGCUCGAGUCUUGCCCCCCUAUUUGAUUCAAAGACUACACCUCCAUUUUCAAAGCUCAAUAGAAGUAUCUUCCAUCAUGUCUUCAAUUUUUGGGUCUUUCCUACCCUUCAAGUUGAGUUAGCCCAUUUCUUUCUAUAAAUAUCUUUGCAUUGAGUGGCAAGACACGUUGACAACUCAAUUAAUUAGCCCUUCAAAGUUUUCCUCAUAGCUUUUGAUCUUCCCUCUUUACUCAACUCUAGGACUAUGUCACUUCCCCGCUUGAGUUGUGUGUUUCCAUUGCCUGUUUGUUUUAUCCUGGCAGUUGUUUCUAUGUUGUGCUUUGCUUCAAAAGCCUAUGCCUUCGUCGGGAAUGAGACAGACAUAAUGGCCUUGCUUGAAUUCAAGGCUAAAAUACAUGACCCACUCAAUGUUUUGAGCUCAUGGAAUGACACCGUCCACUUUUGCAAAUGGCGUGGCGUCACAUGUGGUCGUCGACACCAGAGAAUCACGGGUUUGCGCUUGGUAUCUCUGCAACUGGUGGGUUCUAUAUCACCUUUCAUUGGGAAUUUAAGCUUUCUAAGGUCACUAACUAUCUUCAACAAUAGUUUCAAUCUAAUCCCUCCUCAAAUAGGCCGUUUACGUAGAUUGCAGCGCCUCAAUUUGUACAAGAAUUCACUUAGUGGUAGAAUUCCUAUAAAUAUAUCCAGUGCUCUAACCUUGAAUUUCUUAAUCUUGGGGACAACCAUCUAGUUGGGGAAAUACCUGUUGCACUCUCCUCCUUGUCGAAACUCCAGUUCUUUUCUGUAGAAGUUAACAACUUAACAGGAAGUAUCCCUCCAUUUCUUGGGAACUUUUCAUCACUUGAGAUCUUUUCAGCAACGAGAAAUAAUCUGGGUGGGAUGAUUCCUAAUGCUCUAGGCCAACUUCGGAAUCUUAAAUAUCUUGUUGUUGGUGGAAAUCAGUUUUCUGGUACCAUCCCUUCUGCAAUCUUCAAUCUCUCUUCCAUUACUCAUUUUGAUGUCGGAACUAAUCAAAUCCAGGGGAGCCUUCCAUUGGAUUUAGGCAAAACACUUCCUAAUCUAAAAGAGUUCCGAAUUCAGACUAACAAAUUUGUUGGGUCUAUUCCUCCAUCAAUAUCCAAUGCUUCAAAUCUGGAAAAACUUGAUCUGGCAGUAAACCAAUUUGUUGGAAAAGUGCCUUCUUUUGAAAAGCUACAAAGGCUAGAAUGGUUGAGCGUUUUCAACAACCACCUGGGAAGUGGGGGUGCUGAUGAUGACGACUUGAGUUUUCUCUGCUCUUUGACCAAUUCUACCAGCUUAGACACCUUGAUUAUAAACCAAAAUAGUUUUGGAGGGAUCAUACCGGAAUGUAUAGGUAACUUGUCAUUUACGCUAACAUUUUUGGCAAUACAGAGCAAUCCUAUAGUUGGAAGAAUUCCAAAUGGAAUUGCCAAUCUUGUCAACUUAGAGGGACUCUUUAUGGGAAAUAACCAAUUGUCAGGUGACAUUCCCGCUGAUAUUGGAAACCUUUCAAGGUUACUGGAAAUGGAUCUAUCAAACAAUAAUCUCUCAGGCAAUAUUCCACCCUCUUUUGGAAACCUUUCAAGGAUAUACAAACUAUAUUUAAAUGAAAAUAGUCUUUCAGGUAGCAUACCCUCAACUCUUGGCAACUGCAAAUCUUUAUCUGCAUUAACUCUUGCAAAUAACAAUCUCAGCGGCACCUUACCCCCGGAAGUCAUUGGUCUUUCAUCUAUAUCACACGGUCUUGAUUUGUCAGGAAACCAUUUUUCUGGUCCCCUUCCAAUGGAAGUUGGGAAUCUAAAAUAUAUUGGUUUAUUGGAUAUUUCAAACAACAGGUUAUCAGGUAAAGUUCCUGCCACGCUUGGAAGCUGCACCAUGCUCGAGUUUCUAUACAUGGGAGACAACUUCUUCCAAGGGAAAAUUCCUUCAAGUUUUUCUUCUUUGAGAGGACUUGAGGAUAUAGAUCUUUCUCGGAACAAUUUCUCAGGGAAAAUCCCAAACUUUUUUGCAGAUUUCAAGUUCUUGCUGCUUUUAAAUCUAUCUUACAACAAUUUUGAGGGGUUGGUGCCAACAAAUGGCAUUUUUAAUGACUCAAGAGCAGCUAUAAUUAUUGGUAACAAUCACCUAUGCGGGGGAAUUCCUGAGAUGCAGCUGCCUAUAUGCAAACUCAACGAGCCAGAGAAGAGAAAAUCGAGCGUCAACGGAAAAUUAAAGGCACCUAUAAUUUGCGGUGUUCUAGGAGUAAUUGUGUUUUCUUUAUUAUUUGUUUGGUGUUUAAGAAAGAAAAGAAAGCAACCAACUUCAAGUUCUUCGAGAAAUUUGUUACCGAAUCAUGUGUCUUACCAAAGUCUCCUGAAAGCAACUGAUGGUUUCUCCUCUACUAAUUUGCUUGGUAUGGGGAGUUUUGGAUCCGUAUACAAAGGAAACUUGGAUGAGGGUAGAAUGACAAUUGCUGUCAAGGUGCUCAAUCUUCAACGCCGUGGGGCUUCCAAGAGCUUUCUUUCUGAGUGCGAGGCCUUGAGAAACAUCAGACAUCGAAAUCUUGUAAAAGUGCUUACAGUUUGUUCAGGUAUUGAUUAUCAAGGUAAUGGAUUUAAGGCACUUGUUUACGAGUUCAUGGUGAAUGGGAGCCUUGACGAUUGGUUGCAUCCAACUGUGAGACGUGACCUAGAACAUCAAGAACACAGGUAUUUGAAUCUUUUUCAGAGAUUGAAUAUUGCCAUUGAUGUCGCGAAUGCAUUGGAAUAUAUCCAUUAUCAUUGCCAAACAACAAUCAUUCAUUGUGAUCUCAAGCCGAGCAAUGUUCUCCUCGACAACGAAAUGAUUGGACAUGUGGGUGACUUUGGAUUAGCAAAAUUCUGCCUUGAACUGAACCAAAACUCUUCUACCAAUCAGUCUAGCUCUGUUGGCAUUAGAGGAACUAUUGGCUAUGCUGCUCCUGAGUAUGGAAUGGGAAAUGAUGUGUCGACCUAUGGUGAUGUGUAUAGUUAUGGCAUCCUUUUGUUAGAAAUGUUCACUAGUAAGAGACCCACGGAUCACAUGUUUCAAGGCACUCUGAACUUGCAUUCAUUUGUCAAGACAGCUUUGCCUCAACGAGUGGUAGAAAUUGCAGAUCCAACUAUUGUUCAAGAAAGAGAAGGAGAUCAGUCAACCAUGAGCAAUGUUGCCAGUAGUAGCCAUACAAGACGAAACAAAAUCCUUGAGUUAUUGACUUCGAUAUUUGAGAUUGGAGUUGCUUGCUCUGUUGAACAACCAGAAGAACGGAUGAGAAUCAAAGAUGUUGUAACUGAGUUAAAUUUGGUCAGGAAAAAACUUCUUGAAGCCGAAACACAUGAAAGUAAUCAAACUACAAAUGGAACAUAAUGUCAACAGAAAUGGGAAAAUGAACGUUGGCGUUACGAGCUAGAAGAGGACUCACGUUCAAAUUGAUGCUCAUGUGCUUUGAAUUUUGUAUUGUUGCCUUUUAUUGCACUUGGGACUUUGGGCUAUUCAAAUGGUUUUGCUUUUGAAUGUGUUGCGCUUAGUUGUUUUGGUGUCUGUCUUUGUUCAAUGAAGUUACCUUAUUAGACAAGGAGUCUGGUUGGCCAUGGGGAUCGACAUGAAUUGUUAUCCCAAAUUCACUUGGGAGUUGCGUUUGUACGUAGCCUAUAUAAGGC